AUGGUUUUCUCUUUCACUUCACUUGGUGGGAAGAUAGAUAAAUCUCUGAAAAAGGGACGAGGACCACAGAUGAUUCAGCUUCAUGGUGAAAACUAUCAUUUGAUGGGAAGUUUAACACCACCUGAAGGAGACCAUGCCAAGUUUGGACAACUAUACAUUGUUGAUACAGAGAAUGAAGUUGAAAACAGAUUUAAUGCUCUGAGAAGCAAAUCCAAAAAUUUCUCACCUGGUAGUAAGCAAGACGGUUUGAAGAAGGAAGUUAUUCAACCUACUAUCAAGAUGUUGAAUGCUGUUAAUCCAUAUGUUGUGCAGUUUCGAUCAGCUAGAGAGAGAUUUCAAUUGAAUCCUGCAAAAACCUUCCAUAUGCGAAUUGUCAGUAGAAGUGACAAAGAUGGUAGGACAUAUAAUAUGCCAACAGCAGCUGAGGUGGCUGCAUUGAUUCCUGGUGAUUUUAAUUUAGGAAUGGAUAAGCGGGAUAUUGUGCUUCAGCAUAAAUCUGGAAAACUAACCAGGAUCGAUGAGAUUCAUAUCUCUUAUCUAGCACUACAAUAUCCUCUAAUAUUUGUCUAUGGUGAGGAUGGUUUCAGGGUUGGUAUUAAGAAAGGCGUUACAGAAGCGUCAAAGAAACUCAAAAAUCCUUCAAUCAGUAUGAGGCAGUUUUUUGCUUUCAGGCUUCAAGAGCGAGAUAAUGAGUCUCAUGUUCUGCUCUAUUCAAGAAGUUACGACUCUAUCAGAGAAUCAGAAAAUGCUGGCAACUCAGAUAUGAAUGAACAAGGUCAACAAUUUCUUCUACCAGCUACUUUUACAGGGAGUCCAAGAUACAUGAAGAAUAUGUACUUAGACGCUAUGGCCAUUUGUAGACAUUUUGGUUUUCCAGACCUUUUCAUCACAUUCACAUGCAAUCCAAAAUGGCCAGAACUUACAAGAUUUCUUGAGAAAAGAGGCUUGAAAUCAGAUGACAGGCCUGAGAUUAUUUGUCGGAUCUUUAAGUUGAAACUCGAUUCUUUGAUGAAUGAUUUGACAAAGAAGAAUAUUCUGGGAAAGACAUCUUCAUCUAUGUAUACUGUUGAGUUUCAAAAGAGAGGCCUGCCACAUGCUCACAUUCUGCUUUUUAUGCACCCUUCCUCCAAGUUUCCCAAAACAGAAGACAUUGAUAAAAUCAUAUCAGCUGAGAUCCCAGAUAAAUCAUCUGAUCCAGAUCUUUACAAUGUUGUUAAGGAUUGUAUGAUUCAUGGUCCCUGUGGAGCUGCUAAUAUGAAUUCACCAUGUAUGGAGAAUGGACAGUGUUCGAAAAUGUUUCCUAAGCAAUUCGCAGAGAAUACUCGGGUGAAAAAAGAUGGAUUUCCACUCUAUAGAAGACGCCAGUCUGACUGUUAUAUUGAGAAGAAUGGCUUAAAAUGUGAUAACAGAUGGGUCAUCCCUUACAACAGGAAACUCUCUCUUCGUUAUCGAGCUCACAUUAAUGUAGAGUGGUGCAAUCAAGUUGGUUCUAUUAAGUAUUUAUUUAAAUACAUUAAUAAAGGAGCGGAUCGUGUAACUGUAGUUGUCGAACCACCAGGGCCAGAAGUUAGGAGCGAAACACUAGCUACCUCAGCUCCAGCGAACUCAGCAGCACCAAGCUCAUCUGCAGCCCACUCAGCUACAGCAACCUCAGGUUGUGCGACCUCAGCUCCAGCUAACUCAGCGACAGACACUGGUGGUAAUGUUUUGAAACAAAACGUUGAGAUUAAGAAGAAUGAAAUAAAUGUUUUCUUUGAUUGCAGAGGGAAUGACAAACUGAAAGAUGUUGUUGGUCGUAAGCUUAUCGAGAACACAAUGUUUCUGGCUUGGUUUAAGCUUAAUGAAGUUGAUGCUUUCGCUCGGACUCUUACUUAUAUUCAGAUUCCCAACUACUACACAUAUUCAAAGAGUCAGAAGAAGUGGACUAGAAGGAAGCAAGGGUUCAGUGUUGGAAGAAUUAAUUAUGCCCCACGUAAGCAAGAAAGUGCUUAUUUUUUUAGAGUGUUAUUGAACUACGUCAAAGGUCCUACCAUCUUUGACGAUAUUAAAACCUACAAUGGUGUAGUUUACGAGGGGUAUAAAGAGGCAUGUUAUGCUCGAGGAAUAUUGGAUGAUGACCAGGAGUAUAUAGAUGACUUAGUGAGGCGCAGUUAUGAUAGCUCUGCAGCUGUUGUUCGUGAUCUUUUUGUUCUAAUGCUUCUAUCCGAUAGUUUGUGUCAACCAGAGGUUGUUGGGAUAAAACUUGGAAACUGUUGUCUGAGGAUAUCGAGGCUUAUACUAAGUGAUAGUGACAAGAAACUAUAUGCUCUUAUAGAGAUUGAGAAGCUUAUGAGAAGGAAUGGGAGUUCACUUUCAGUCUAUGAAUCUAUGCCUAAACUGCCUACUGAAUUCAAACCGAUCGAAAAUGUUUUGAUCUUGGAUGAAUUAAAUUACGACCUGCAUGAGUUGCAAGCCACUCAUGACAGAGAUAUUCUGAAGAUGACUGAUGAACAAAAAAAGAUAUACGAUGAGAUCAUUGGUGCUGUUGUUGAAGAUAGAGGUGGAAUGUUUUUUGUUUAUGGGUUCGGUGGCACUGGAAAAACCUUUCUUUGGCAAAUUCUAUCAGCUGCUGUUAGGUGUAGGGGAGAUAUAGUUCUUAAUACUGCAUCUAGCGGAAUUGCUUCUUUGUUGUUACAAGGUGGUAGGACUGCUCAUUCCCGUUUUAGCAUACCAAUCAAUCCAGAUGAGUUUACUACAUACAGAAGUUUAAAGGAUCUGAUGGGGAAUCACGACAAUAAGCCUUUUGGUGGGAAGGUUAUUGUUUUUGGAGGUGACUUUCGGCAAGUACUUCCUGUGAUUACUGGAGGUAGCAGGGCUGAGAUAGUGUUGGCUGCCAUGAAUUCUUCUUAUCUCUGGAAACAUUGCAAUGUUCUGAAACUUACUAAGAAUAUGAGAUUAUCUUCGAACAAUCUUUUUGAGGAUGAGGCAAAAGAUCUGAAAGAAUUUUCUGAAUGGAUUUUGGCUGUUGGGGAUGGGAGAAUAGCAGAGCCUAAUGAUGGGGAGGUACUAAUUGAUAUUCCAGAACAGUUUUUAAUUAUGGACCAAGAGUAUCCGAUAGAAACUAUAAGUCAUGCCAUCUAUGGAGAUGCAGAUUCAUUAAGAAGAAUUCAAGAUCCUAAGUUUUUCCAACAGAGAGCAAUCUUAUGUCCAACAAAUGAGGAUGUUAAUAUGAUUAACGAUCAUAUGUUUUCUAAACUUGAUGGUGAAGAAAUGGUUUUUAUUUCAUCUGAUAGUAUUGAUCCUUCUGAUACUGGUUCAGUCAACAAUGAUGCUCUCAGCACCGACUUCCUAAACAGCAUUAAAGUUUCUGGUCUACCAAACCAUAGUCUAAGAUUGAAGAUUGGUUGUCCUGUUAUGUUGCUUAGGAAUAUUAAUCCUAAUGAGGGUUUAAUGAAUGGAACAAGAUUGUAA